UUGGCGUAGCGUAUUUCUGCCGUCUGUUAUUUAAAAAAACAAUUCAGAAAUCAAUCAGUAGGCCUAUAUUAGGUGCCAACUUUUUUCACUAAAAUGGCAUGUCCUUUUGUUAAUGAUCCCGUGGAUGAAGGUGCAGCAUUAUUGCGCAGAGAAUUUAAUAUUCGUCGGGAGAUGAUAAUCAGACCGCGCAUAGAUGUUUUAGCAUUUCCGGACAAUUAUCUUUAUGAGCGGUACCGUUUCACUUCACAGUCGAUCAUCUACAUACACAACCUAAUCCGUCCGUACAUUUGCAACAUUACCAAUCGUAGUCGUGCUCUUACAUCCCAGCAGAUAUUGUGUGUUGCUCUGCGUUUUUUUGCAAAUGGGAGUUUUUUGUACAAUGUUGGAGAUGCAGAGCUUAAGGCCACUGUAUGCAGGGCGGUCAGAAAAGUGUGCCUCGCCCUGAAACGGCUACUGAACACCUUCAUCGUUUUCCCUGGACAUAAACCGGUCAGAGUCAUCAAGGAGGAGUUCCACAGGAUUGCAGGAUUUCCCAGUGUGAUUGGCUGCAUAGAUGGCACACAAAUCCCCAUCACGGCUCCCUCACAUAAUGAGGCGGAUUAUGUUAACAGGAAGUCCAUUCACAGCAUAAAUGUGCAGAUCAUAUGUGAUGCUGCCUACAUUAUUUCCAAUGUGGAGGCCAAGUGGCCUGGGUCUGUCCACGACUCAAGGAUGUAUCGUGAGUCUAACCUGAGCAACAGACUGCAACGUGGAGAGUUUGAUGGCCUUCUGCUGGGUGACAGGGGUUACCCAUGCCAACCAAGGCUGCUGACCCCUUACCCUGACCCUGAACCAGGCCCCCAACAGAACUUCAACCGGGCUCACUGCAGGACGAGAGCCCGGGUGGAGAUGACCAUAGGCCUGUUGAAAGCCCGUUUCCAGUGCCUACGUCACCUCAGGGUGACCCCUGAGAGGGCCUGUGAUAUUAUUGUGGCAUGUGUUGUUCUUCAUAAUAUUGCCACUAUUCGAGGAGAGCAACACCCUGCCCUACAAAUAGAAGCUGAUGAUAACCACCCCAUCCACCUGCCAGCUAUGCAGGACGGCAGAGCAGUCAGAGACACCAUAUCCCGCAUCCACUUCAGAGAUUAAGACAAUAUCAUCACCACUACCACCACCAACACAGCAGCAGUCAAAUAAAAACAUAAUACAAAUUUCA